CGCAAAAGCACAUUUUCUGUUCGAAUCAUGGCAGAAAUGAGCAUUCAUAAUGAGAAUUACCUGUAGUGGAACCAAAAGUCAAUCUCGUAAAUAUUGUUGGCAUUUAUGAAGUAGCUUGUCUGUUUCUGUUCGGCAGGGAUGAGUGAUUGCAUAAACAAACUUAUGAAGGCAUGUUCAAGAAGCUAAAACAACGCAUUGAAGAAGGUGACCAACCACAGACGACGUCUAACGUUUUGGCAUCAACUCCUAAAAAGAAUACCAAACCUCCAUCAGUCCGAAGCUACAUAAACAGUAAUACAAACCUUAAGCGUGAAAACAAAUGGGAAAAACGGAGGCGAAGCAAUGCUAGUUUGUACAGCUCUCGAGAGUCUUUAUUAAGUUUAGACUCUGCUGCAACAGCCACAGUAUCAAGAAACUCUUGUGGAGAGAGUUUUUGUUCUGCUGAAACUCCAAUUGAGUCACAGCUAAUAAUUGGAACAUUUCGUGAUGUUGCAUCAAAAGAUCAGAUAUUAUCUGAAUUGGGAAAGAAAAAUGAGCAAGUUAAAAAGCUUGAAGUUAAAAUUAAUGAAAUGGCGCUUGCCUUUAUGGAGCAGUCUAGACAAAGGGAUCGUCUUGAAGAAGCUUUACAAAACUUAAGAAAUGAAAUGCAUAACAGAACUGAAAUAUCGAUGAAUAAGUCUAUUAAGUCACUAAAGGAAGAAUAUGAGCAGAAGUUACAAGUCAAAGACAAGAAGUAUAAAGAAUGUAUUCAAAAACAACAAGAGGAAUCUCACAGAUUUUCAAAUGUAAAAGAACUCAACUCACUGCAACAGGAGGAAGUGGCAAAAAUGAAAGCAAUGCUCAUACAUUCUCAAACAGAAAUGUCAAGGAAAACAGCAGAACUUAUUGAAAAAACAAAGCAAAUAGAAAAUUUAGACAAACAGUAUAUGGACCAACGAAUUGAAUUGGAAGGAUUAGAGGAAAGAUUGCAUGAUUUAACAAAGGAUAGGACAGAGUUUGACACCCAGCAAAAAAAAUUGAGUGCAGAAGUUUCUACAUUACAAAAGGAAAAGUCAGCCUUAAAAUCGCAGUUAUCAGAUUUAAUCAAUGAGUUGACACAGAAAUCCAGCAUGCUAGAUACAGUACAGCUGGCUGCAGACAGAGCUCAUGAAGAAGUUGCUUCCUUGAGACAGACUUACAACCUUUACAAAGCUAAGGCUACAGCAGACAUCAGUGACAAGGACUCUGAACUUUCAGUUUUAAGAGAAAGGAUUAGUGACUUGGAGCAACGAUUGCAAGACAGCAGACUCUCAGAAAAUGAUCAAGUGAAAGCUCUUGAAAAAGAGCGCUCACUGUUAGAAAGUCGUUUACAAGAUGCAAGAGAACACUUUACCGAAUUCCGAACCCAGUCAAAUGACAAAAUAAGUACCCUUGGUUCUUUAGUCAGUACUCUGGAUGAAAAGUUAAAGGAAAAAGUCGUAAGUUAUGAAAAUCUCCAGAAUGAACAGCUAACUCAAAAUAAACACUAUGAAUCAAAGAUUAGUGACCUGCAAGACAGAUUAACAGUUGCAGAAAAAUCAACAAAAUCCUUAGAAAAAAAUUCAAAUCAGUUGGAAACUCUACUAAAUAAAGUGAAAGAUCUAGACCAGAAAAACUCAAUACUAAAGACAGAAAAAAUGGAACUAGAAAUAUUGGCUGAUAAAGCUUCAUUCUUAGAAGCACAGAAUAAAUUGUUAGACACAAGGUUUAAAGAAGCUGUGGAUAGAUUAGAAAAAGAUCGAAGUGUGCUAGAAGAAAAAGUGAGAGAUUUACAAUCUGAAUCCCGCAAAAGCUCAUUUAGACAAGAGCAUACCAACAGAAGAAAAAUGGAGCAAUUAGAAACAAAAGUCGAAGAACAAACUAGAAGAAUCACACAGUAUCAAGAAAGACUUGAAGAACUUGUAGAGGAAAGAGAUAGUUUAAUGGGAGAGCUUACUAUAAAAGAUGAAGAGUGUAAACAAGCGUCCAGUUGUUUAGAAGAUGCAUUAAGUAGAACAAAUGAACUGAAAGAAGAGAUAACUAACUUGGAAGCAUCUCUUCAAAAGAAAGACGAGCUUUUGACUUAUAUCAAAGAGACAGGGGAAAUUUCAAUGGAAAACAACUCUGUUGAUUCGCUCUUGCGAGAAGAAUUGAAUUCAGUGCGUGAAAUGUUUGAAAAUAGGGAACAAGUUUUAGUGGAAAGGGACGAAGAAAUAGAAGAACUACGUAGAGUUAUCCGUGACAGAGAUGAUGAGUUGGCCACUGUGUCUCGACAGCUUCAUGAAUUUCAAGAAAAUAACAAGUUAGCUUCUCCUGGAAAAUCUAAGUAUCAAGGUAGCAAAGAAAAAGAACUUCAAAAGACAGUUAUGAGAUUGACGAAUCGUAUUCAAGAGUUAGAAAAGGAAAGCAAAAGCCUUACCGGGACCAAUGAGCAAGAAAUAGAAGUUCGGUCACUAAAAGCUGAGUUAGAUGAGAAAGAAAAGAAAUUACGUAACUUACAACAAAAUAUGGCUGACAUGAAGAAACAAUAUCAAAGAGAAAUGAAAAACAUAGAUGCUGGACAAACAGCAAAAGAUAAAUCUCCAACUAAUAGCAACGAUAAAAAAAGUCCUGAGGAUAAAAGUGUGUGGAAAAAUGAAAAGGAAAAACGUGAUUUUUUAGAAGUUAAUUUUAAAUACCUAAAACAUGUUAUCUUAAAAUAUAUGUGUAGUACAAAUGACCAGUCUCGUCAACUAGUGGGUGUAAUCGGUCAUCUUCUUCAGUUUACACCAAGAGAAACGUCAAUUGUGUGUGACUGCUUUGACUGGAAGCUUCCACUUGAAAAGAAAAGAUAGACAUUUUUAUCAUACAUAUUUAUUCUUUUGUUACACUACGCAAAUUAUUAUUGUAUAUAUUUAUAUGUAUUGUAUAGAUGAAUUAUUUAUUUAUGUGAGAAAUCAUGGUAACUAUUUAUUUGAAGAGAUGUCUGUAUAUUAUAUGUGUUUGCAGUCUGUUAUAUCACACCAAAAGAUUUUUAAAUGUAAAUUAAAGGUAUAGAAUUUUAAAAUUGGAUUAGAAUAAUGUUAUAUUUAAUUGACAUGUGCUUUUUGUAUGAAAUA